AUGGCGGGCCAGAGCGACUCUGUGGCCCGUGGCGGGUGCCGUGGGCCUGUGGCGGUGCAGAGCGGCCCUGUGGUAGGCGCCGUGGGGCCGUGGUGGGGCACAGUGGCUCUGUGGCGGGCACCGUGGGCCUGUGGCGGGGCAGAGUGGCUCUGUGGCCCGUGGCGGGUGCUGUGGGCCUGUGGCGGGGCAGAGUGGCUCUGUGGCCUGCGGCGGGCGCUGUGGGCCUGUGGCGGGGCAGAGUGGCUCUGUGGCACGUGCCGUGGGCCUGUGGCAGGGCAGAGCGGCUCUGUGGCCUGCGGCGGGCGCCGUGAGCCUGUGGCAGGGCAGAGUGGCUCUGUGGCCUGCGGCGGGCGCCGUGAGCCUGUGGCAGGGCAGAGUGGCUCUGUGGCCUGCGGCGGGCGCCGUGAGCCUGUGGCAGGGCAGAGUGGCUCUGUGGCCCGUGGCGGGUGCUGUGGGCUUGUGGCAGGGCAGAGCGGCUCUGUGGCCUGCGGCGGGCGCCGUGAGCCUGUGGCAGGGCAGAGUGGCUCUGUGGCCUGCGGCGGGCGCCGUGAGCCUGUGGCAGGGCAGAGCGGCUCUGUGGCCUGCGGCGGGCGCCGUGAGCCUGUGGCAGGGCAGAGUGGCUCUGUGGCCUGCGGCGGGCGCCGCGAGCCUGUGGCAGGGCAGAGUGGCUCUGUGGCCCGUGGCGGGUGCUGUGGGCUUGUGGCAGGGCAGAGCGGCUCUGUGGCCUGCGGCGGGCGCCGUGAGCCUGUGGCAGGGCAGAGUGGCUCUGUGGCCUGCGGCGGGCGCCGCGAGCCUGUGGCAGGGCAGAGUGGCUCUGUGGCCCGUGGCGGGUGCUGUGGGCUUGUGGCAGGGCAGAGCGGCUCUGUGGCCUGCGGCGGGCGCCGUGAGCCUGUGGCAGGGCAGAGUGGCUCUGUGGCCUGCGGCGGGCGCCGCGAGCCUGUGGCAGGGCAGAGUGGCUCUGUGGCCCGUGGCGGGUGCUGUGGGCUUGUGGCAGGGCAGAGCGGCUCUGUGGCCUGCGGCGGGCGCCGUGAGCCUGUGGCAGGGCAGAGUGGCUCUGUGGCCUGCGGCGGGCGCCGUGAGCCUGUGGCAGGGCAGAGCGGCUCUGUGGCCUGCGGCGGGCGCCGUGAGCCUGUGGCAGGGCAGAGCGGCUCUGUGGCCUGCGGCGGGCGCCGUGAGCCUGUGGCAGGGCAGAGUGGCUCUGUGGCCUGCGGCGGGCGCCGUGAGCCUGUGGCAGGGCAGAGUGGCUCUGCGGCCCGUGGCGCAGCGGAGCAGCUCUAUGGCCUGUGUGUAGGGGGGGAUAUAUCCUGCCCCGUAGGAGAAAGUGGGGGAGCAGCUCCAGCGCCCAGCCUCUACCCCCUCCCCCGUCAGGAAAUCACUGGGGUAACAGAGAAGCUGCAGGGAUAA